ACUAUUGUUUCCAAACUGCGUUACCCACUCCAGCCAGCAGAUGGCGAUGAGCGUCUUUCAGGUGAUGCUUCUUCCGUGACGUAUAAUGGACUGGACGGACGCUUCUUCAGGAACAACAACGCGGCUACUCUUUCAACCACGUCGGUAGCUUGCUAGCCAACAUAAAAGUGAAAGAUUGACGCUUUAGACCAUCUUAAUGUACAUGAUCUAAUCUCAGUGUUUUACACACAGUUCUUUUGACGUAUUAACUAGUUAAUAUUUGCAAACUUGUUAAAGAUUUAUGCUGAGCCUAGCACUAGGCUAGUCGCUAAUGCUAGCUAACUAUCUAGCUAACAUCCCUGACCAUGAGUUCAUUAAACUACUCAUCCCUGCUAUAGAAGAGGAGGUCUGCUGUUUGGAGAAAGAAGCUCUGGCAAUGAACAUUGAAGAAGAGGAUGAGGUUACAGUGAAAGAAGAGAAAGAACCUUUUAGAAUGAAAAAGGAGGAAGACGAGACUGUUAUAGUGAAGGAAGAAGAUGCUGUUAUAGUGAAAGAACAUUUCAGAAUGAAAAAGGAGGAAGAGGAGGCUGUUAUAGUGAUAGAAGAGAAAGAACCGUUUAGAGAGGAAGAGGAUGCUAUCUCAAUAAAGGUGAAGGAGGAAUAUGUUUUUGGAGUGAAAGAGGAAGAGACAGAAUAUCAGAUUAACACCAGAGAGAGACAUGACUAUGGUGGAUCCUCUGGGGAGCUUCAACAACAUCCUGAUGCUGACGAGGAAGAGAAGAGUCUCUCCAGAUCAGAACACCAGAUGGACAAUGCUAGCCCUUCCUCCCUCCCGGAGUCCCUGUGUCGUGCCUCUCCCGGUAGCGCCUUACUGCUGGGUAUGAAGAGGUUGUCUGUGCUGCUGGUGGACUGCAGGAAAACAACAGGGCUGAGUGGAACUGUGAGAGGAGGAGAAGAGAAGAAAGGAUCAGAUUUGAAACAUCAAAACAGUUCCACUCAGCCCAUUGUUUUCCUGCAGUCCACCAGCAGCACAGACAACCUCUUCAUACCCACCAGUAAGGUGCUACCGGAAGGCACGAUCAGGGACCCAGGAGGGAGGAAGGGCUAG